AUGUCGCAGCAUCCCCCGGCGCCCUCAAUAGGCGAUCCGCCUCACACCCAGCAAUGGCCUCACUCACAUCUUUUCCCGUCAACUUCCAUGCCAUCUUCCCUUCCACCCCAUCUACCCUUCAGUCAAGAUAUCUCGUCGGCUCAGCAGCCGCACGACAACGCCAACCAACCGUUCAGCUAUAACGACUUGACCAACCUUAAUAUGACUUCGAAUCUUCCUGGUUUAGGAGGUCCUGUAGCGGGAUUACCUCUACCACCGCCGCCUUUCCCCUUCAUGAGCCCAUUCACACCGUCACAGUUUCCCCCACCUCCGUUCCCACCCAUCCAGAUGCCUCCGUUGAGAUACCCGCCAUUACCGAUGCCCGCAGCCAACAUUCAAGCGCCGAGUCGCCCCUCAUCGGGUGAUCUUCGUUCGCAAGCCAAUUCGAUGUCCAUGAAUAGUGCUAGCUCUCGAGCCGCCACAGCACCGAGUACGCGAAAAGAUCUUGAUCGAGAAGAAGGUGAACUUACCGAUAUGGAGGGGCCCACGCCGACGAGUUCAAAGAACGCAGGCUUGUCCGAAACGCGAGCAGACGCAAGACCGUCAACUCUGACGCAGCAAAAUGGGCACGCGACAGGCACUUACAACGCUACGACAGUGGUUGGGAACAAGGAAUCUGGAAGGAGCUCUGCGGCGAAAAGUCGUAACGCGUCCAAACUGGACCUCGAAGAAGGCGAGGCAUCCUCAACUGGAUCGUACACAUCGGCCAGGGAAUCCGAGUCACCGUAUGAUCCUCCAGGUUCGGUCAACCCUGAGCCAUUUGUGUCGAACAGUGCUCCCGGAGCUCCACCCCACGAAGAUACGUCUUCCCCACUUACAAAAGAUUUGCCAGCAUCACACGAAAGCGGGAAAUCACUAGCACAACUUCGAAUUCAAGCACAAGGCGCGCUUCUAAGCUUAGCGCCUCACAACAUUCGUUACAGUGAGCUGGUAGGAGAGGGAAUCCACCCCGCAGUACUUAGGCAGCUUUAUGAAGAAGUUGGAAUUAGAGUUUCUACGCCACAACCAGACGGUGUAUCUCCAACUAUCAAUCCGCCUGCCAAGUCCGUUGACGUGCCAGGAAACCUGGCUGCUGCAGGUCUUGAGUCGAGUUCAAGCAGCAAUGUUGGAACUGGGCAUGCUCCUGUGACCUUGGAUCACGCUAAACGAGAAACCAAAAUGCCAGUGACCGCAGCCGCGGCAAACAUGCCUGCUUCUGUUCCUGCCCCUACCGCCCAGCCCAGCACCCCUGCCAAACCAUUGGAAAGAAAAGAGGUGAUUGCGCGUAUGCUUGCUGCGAAAGCUGCCAAGGCCUCUGGAGCGCCCUCAACCCCUCAAACUGACUCUGCAAAGGAAGCGCCAUCGUCUGAAAGCCCGGUGUCUGCCCUCAUUGGCAAAGGCGCGGCUGUGAGUUCUGAGCGUGAAACCCCUCCUAAGGACAGGGACAUGCGAACUAGAGAGAAAAACAAGGCGCAAACUGAACUAGCCCGACAGCGAAUCGAGCAGCUCAAGAAGCAGGGUUUGGUGAGAAGUCAGCAAAAAGCGCAAACAGAUUCUUUGCCUCGUGAAGAGGUACGGCAAAGCAACGGAAGCAGUCCCGCCCCGGUGUCUCAAGCAUCCAACACCCCGAUGAUUCAACAUCCAUUACCUGUUAGACCUCCUGACCCAGAGCCCACUGCUCCCUCGCGUAUUCCUGGGUUGUUCAUGACAGACUCAGAGCCAUCUGUCACACGCGUUCUUGGCUUGGUCGUUGAUUCGACGCCACAGCCCCAUGUCAAUCAACGCAAGCGUCCAAGAGCAUCUGACUUUGACGAGCCUUCACUUACACCGAAAAGGUCCCAUAACGGAGUAAAUCAUAAUGUUUCAGAGGAUAGACUGAUCAUCGAUAUCAGUGAUGAUGAGUUUUAUGGAGAUGACGAGAACGACGAAAUGGAGAUUGAGCCCGCCGGGAAGACAUCGCCAAAAGGCGGCUCAGUAGGCCCCGCAGGUUCGUUCCGAACAUUUCCUUCAUCGGCCGACUCUCUUCAACGGCCGGUUGUGUCAAGUCAAGGAAUAUCCACCUCUGCUACACCCCAAAAUCACAGAAAUCAUGAUCAAGAAGACCUUCGGAAGAAGCAUCUUGAAAUACAGGCAAUGCAUCGGCGCAUCGCUGAACUUGAGCAACGGAAGCAAGCGAAGCUAGCAGCAAGUCGCACACAAUCGCCUCGCCCUUCAGAAAUAGCGGUUUCAUCCACUGCAGUCAACCCAAUGUCCGCUGAUCAAGAAAAUCAAACCAGCAAUGUCACUUUGCAGCCUGUGGCUCAUAAAUUGCCUCCUCAAGUGGCUCUCUUAGAUGCUGCUGCCGAAGCCAUUCUUUCGGUUCCAGCAGACGAUUCUGAUAAUCCCGAGACCCUUUCGUCGGAAUCAAUCGCGCGCAUUUCGGCCCUCAAGGACGCCGACCACCUUGAGGAGAUGCGCUCGAAAUUGUUGCGUAAGAAGGAAAUUGAAUCAGGUGUUCCCGCUCUGGAUGCCGAGAUUCAAAAGUCUGAAGCCCGGCUUGCUGAAGUCAAAAUACAAGAGCAGAACCUCCUGCGUGAUAUUGCCAGGGGGAAGGAAGGGAGACAACAACUUCUUGAGGAGCUGCAUAGUCUCAAUCUGGAGUUGAAAGGCCUCACUCUAGAAGAGCUGGAGAUAGCCCAACGUAAGCUGGACGCGAAGGAACAAGUCCAAGCGUCAGAUGAAGGUUCGAUACAUCCUCAAAGCUCUCCGGCAAGGUAUGGUUCCUCGUUGGCAGACGUCCCCGCUGCCGAGGAGCGGAGUCAAGUUGUGGCACGUUCAGUCCAAGGGUCUCCGAUUUCUCGUUUGGCAUCUCAGGCGGAGCCCUCUGCUACCUCAGAUCUGUCUAUGGAUGCGGACGAGUCUGAUGACGCUGUGGAUCUGGCAAACGAUGCAUCCUCUUCCUCCCCAUCAGAAUCUCUAGGCUCCGCGAUGGAUGAGUCUGCUGAUUCUAGUGAAGGCUCUGUGCCAGCUGAUGGCGAAGAGUCCAUGGAAUGCGAAACCCCCACAUCGGAGCCUUGUGUGCCUGAAGCUUUGAGCAGCAUCCCAGAGACCGAUCAGAAGACAGUGGAGGGCGAGAUAAAUCCUGACCACGCGCUUCCGGAACGGCCGCGAGUCCCGCAUGCUCCCGAUGCCGGGAAUGCAGCCGAUGUAUUACCCCCCAAUGCGCAAGAAGUUCGGGAACUCGAAAAGCAAGUUUCCCGCGAAUCUUCCAUCUCCGACGCGUACGAGCCACCAGAGCCCGAAGCGGACAGCAGCCCUGCCGAUUCCGUCUAUACUCCCCCUUUCAGUCCUGUUUCUCUUGCUUCCGUAAAGUCUGCAGAGGUUUUUGGGGUCGAGAGAGCUGAUAUGCCGCUAAUGGGAAAGGUUCAGGAACUGGAAGUUCAACCACAAACCAGCUCCCAGCAGAAGAUUGGGCUCUCGAAUAAUGAACCGCUGGAGGAGAAAGCUCACAGAUUCACGCCCUACGUUAGCCCAUUGAGAUGGUUCAAAGCUUACCGCUACCACCCUAGAUUCACUGAGAAUGUCUCGGGCGGCUUUCGAUCCCUAACAUAUAGUCACAACAUCGAUUCUGAGAAAUAUCUCUGUCCCUAUGAGGCUACCGGCGGUGUCUGCAAUGACCGAUCAUGCGACUUCCAGCAUUUUCGUGACAUGACUCUUAGCGAUGACAAGAUCCUCGUCCAGAUGGGAUCCCUUCGAGAGGGCAAAACGCCUGAAGAGAAGGACCAAUAUAUCGCCGGGCUGAAACAAAUCAUCAAUGAAAUGCGGCGCGACAAGGUGAAAGAUUUCAAUACCGUGGCCACGGAAAUUGCUGCAUACCGUAGACGCUUCCUCCAAGAUCCAUCACGUGUCUUGCCCUUGUAA